AUGGCACCAAGAACAACAUUUACUGCCCAUUUUCGACAAUCAGUAACUCCAAAUGCUCUAAGAUCUUACCUUGCUGAAUUCAUCUCCACUUUCAUCUUUGUCUUGGCUGCCGCUGGAUCAGCCAUGUCGUCUCGAAAAAUAAUGCCAGAUGCAAGGUCUGAUCCAUCUAGCCUGGUAGUUGUAGCCAUAGCAAAUGCAUUUGGCCUGACCGCCGCAGUCUAUAUAUCCGGUAGCAUUUCCGGUGGCCACGUCAACCCCGCCGUCACAUUUGGAAAGGUGGUAGGAUGCCACCUUCCAAUUCCUACUGCCCUCUUCUAUUGGAUAUCUCAGAUUCUUGGUUCUGUCAUGGCUUGCCUUCUCCUUAAGAUUGUCACUGUUAAUCAAAAUGUGGUACCCCAUGCAAUAUCGGAGGAAAUGACCGGGUUCGGAGCAUCCAUUUUGGAAGGUGUACUCACAUUUGGUUUAGUCUACACUGUAUACGCAGCAAGGGACCCAAGACAUGGACAAUUGGGCUCUAUUGGACCCUUGGUUAUUGGACUAAUAACCGGAGCGAAUGUGCUAGCUGCUGGCCCGUUUUCUGGUGGGUCAAUGAACCCAGCAUACUCUUUUGGGGCAGCUGCUGUUGGUGGCAGUUUCAAGAACCAAGCAGUCUAUUGGAUCGGACCCUUACUCGGGGCGACGGUUGCCGGGCUUUUAUAUGAUAAUGUGGUUUACCCGCCUCAUGAAUUGGAUCCUCCUCGUUGUGGACAAGAGGGAACCCGAGUUUGA